CCGGGGCUGAGGCUUUGUGCUGCUCCGCCUGAGCUCCGCCGUUGACUCAGUGACAACGUUGAACUCCCACUUUCCCAGGAAACGAUGCGUUCACGUACAGUCCUCUCCCAUCAGCAAAACAUGUUUACCCGAUAAGAUGCUGAAAAUGCCCUCGAAGUAUGUGCCACUCGUGAGAGACGCCAUCACGCUGCUGGACCGGUUCAGAGAGAGCAGGCAGUGUCUUGACGACUUUGUAGAAGACAUCUCUAAGGAUCUGCAGAGCCUGGAUCCCCUGCACAAAUGUUUCAUCCUCGACACUGUUUCUGGAUGUAUUGAGCACAAACAAUUACUUGAUGCUGUUGUCAACCUCUUCUAUAGAAGUACAGAAAGCGUGUCCAAAAGUGACCUCAGCAUGUAUCACAUUGUCUUUUAUCUGACCACUUGUUUCUUGGAUCAACUGGGACUGAAAUGUUUCGGCAGCAUCGUCAAAUCCCUUGGUGUUCACAAAGUACAGACAUUCUUGCUUUUCUUCUUCUCAAACCUCACCACACUAGUCCAGGAGAAGUGGGUGAGCAUUUAUGAUGCUGAACAUGUCCAAAAACAGUGGAUUGAGCCUACUCUCAGGUGGCGUCCUGAGAUAAUUGCUCUCCUGGAGCAGCUGGCAGUGAAAACAGCAUGUUGGAGUCAGCUGAGGAAGGCUCCCACUAAAACCACUGAACCUCAGGAGUUUGCUCUGACCAGGCCAAAACCCAGAGCCCUCCCUGUGCUUGAGAUCAUCCCUAAGGUGGACAAAGUGCGGCCGGUGCCCAGAACAACCUACAAGGCUCCAAAAGAAAUGAAAAUCAUAGAGGACAUCAAACAAAAUAAUCAACAGAAGAAUGAGAGACUGCUGUACGAGGUCAAUCAUGCAAAACCAUUUGAGUCUCGGAGUCCACACAAGUACAGACACUACCAGAAAGUGGUGUCUGAGAUAGAGGAAAGCAUCCAUUCUAAACUAAAGUUUAACUCCUUCCAGUCUACACCACUUCCAUCUACAACAAAACAGUCCAGCUGGCAUAUUAAGAUGAACAGUGCAGCUAUCUUGAGACAGGGGGCUCUGGUUGAUCGUCAGCUUAAACAGGAGCUUCAGAGAAUGGAGUGUCUGGUCGAAGGUGCACAAGAGCCUUCUGCUUUCCUGCAGUGGCAAAGUGAAAUGCGUGCGAAGGACUUGCAGGAGCAGUUAGCUAAAGUGGAAUGCAGACGUCUAGAGGGUCGCAUUAGCCAUGAAGAGGCAGCUUUGGCCCGCUCCCGUCUUAUAGCCCAGAAUCAUGCAGCUGCACAGCUCAAGAAAGAAGAGGCAGCAGAGUUGAUGCGCAGAUACGCUGUCAAGAGGCUGCAGGAGGAGAAGGAGAUGAAAGAGUUGGUACAGCAAGUCGCAGAUGGUCACAAGAACGCCAAAGCUGCCAAAGAAAAGCUGUAUGCAGUGAAACAAAAGAUCGUAAAGGAGGUCUCUGAGGAGAGUCAAGAACUCCUACGCAGAGCUCUGGCAGAGGCCCAGGAAGAAAUGAUCAGAAAAUUUGACAUUAUUCGUCAAAUUCAUGCUAUUGAAUCAACGUCUCGCACCAGAAGUUGCAGUUUUGAUGACAAAGAGACUGGAGGCCAUGAGCUGCUGGGAGAGAUGUCUCUGUGUGAGCUCAGGGAGCGGUUGGCUCUGCUGAAAAGGGCCCAGGCUGCAGAGAGGCUGCAGCGACAACAGAACAUCCACCAGCAGAGGCACAGGAGGAAACAAAUGCUCCAGCACAAGCUGGACACUAUCCAGCUCCACCAUAAUGCACUAAGACAGGCCACAACCAGCAGGAAGGGGCAGACAAAGCCGCACCAGGGUUGUCCACAGAAAGUGACUGUAGAUGAGUCUGUCCUGGCUCUGCAGAAAAGGCUGGAGGAGAAGAAACAGGAACGCAACUCAUUCAGAGACAGGGACAAGAGCAGCACCAGACCAUCUCACACUGGAGAGUCAUUCAGCAGUCAGGGGAGCUGUGAGCAGAGAGACUGGGGGGAACUGGAGCAGACGUUAGCACAUCAAAUACAGAAGCAUGUCUCUGUUUCUCUAAUGUGACAUACUAAUGUCACUGGAGGCUACUAUGGACACCAUGGUGACAACCUUGAAUAGUCCUUUAUGUUUCAUAAAUGAAUCACGGGCAUCAGUCAAAUAAAUGGAUGUAAAAAGCAAAAAAGAACGAACUUUGUCCAAUUUUUAUUUAUUUAUUUAUUUAUAUGGAUGACAACUGGACGACUGAGGGAUAUACAGGAUCUAUAACAUUCCCAAUGUCUGAUAGUAUUGUUAUCAUCCUGAGUGAUGUCAUAUUUGGCCUAAAACAGUGUUUCGCAAACUGU